UUGGCACGAAGGUUUGCUCCAUUCUUUUGAAAUAAGCGAGAAUAUAAAAAUGUUUUGUUCACGGCGUCGAAGCUCCUGCGAGGGUCCUUUGUGCCACUCCACCCCGAGAUCCGAUAAAUACAGACCCCAACUGGAACCCACACCUUCUUCCGCCGCUAAUCUUCCCGUGAGCGUCUACGGGUGGUAUCGAGUGCUGGUGUUCAGCAGCGAUCGCCGGCAGUCGAUCAACCGCGUGUUGAGGCGUCUCCGGAGGAUCCUGUGGCCGCUGAAGCUAGCUCCCCGCUAUAAGCACUCCGGCGGGGAACAUGAUGUGGCCGAGGACUCCGGCGCCCUCUUCACCUUCUACGUCGACAGGUACGACACAGCGAGCGCCUUGUUCCGCCUGCGGAGACUGGAUGACCGCGUGAGGCUGAGGGUCAGCGACCGGGUGCCCCAGGUCCGGAUUAGUCCGUCUUACAGGAGGCGGCUGCGGCGGGUGCUCCUGGCCAGAUACGACCCGAACCAGCGCAGCCUGGACCUCACCCUGUUCCACAACGACGAGGCCUGGCGCGGGGAGUUCUGCGCCCUGGCUCAGCCCCACUGCCUGAGCACCGUGAUCGGGAUUAUGGAGCGCGAGAUGCCGGAGCUGGUGCGUCUGACCCUGGACCGCAAUCACCUGACCCAGCUGUGGUCCUUCACUGGCGUGGAGCGGCGUUUUCCGCGGCUGCAGUGCGUCUCCCUGAGAAACAACGACAUCGGGAGCCUUGGCCUAUUGCGGGUUUUCCAGUUUCUGGCCCUCGUCGAGCUGAACCUCGAGCGGAAUCUGCUGCCAGCUGGCUACGAAAGGGAGGUCCUCAGUACUUGGCCUAGUCUGGAGGUGCUCAAUGAAAUUCAAGUGACGCCCGACCCGAGAACUCUUUAUUUGGCAGAAAGAAUGGCGCAGCUCACAGGUGCUAGUCCAGUUUAUUGCAGAAAGUUUCUGAUGCAGAACAAUGGUGACGACCAGGCGGUUAGGAAUUUCUUUAGAAUGUAUCGCCGCGUGUGUAAUGUAUCCUAA